UAUCUGAACCGUGACAUGUGCACGGCGGCAUGAGAGCAGCCACUUCAGGCUGUGUACUUGCCAACGACCUGCUUCGCCGCCGCCGUCAUCCUCAGCCUCGCACUUCUUUAUAUCACCUGCGGCCGACUUAAUUUUCAACCACUCAGACCGUGGUCGAGGUAGUAAACGUCAAAUUAGGCAACAUGCCGGGCUCGUUGGCUCGGAAAGAACGAAGGAGGAAGGAGCGAGAGGGCAUGCGGUCUCCAGCUGCAGCCAAAACGGCCUAUGUCGAGAGCGUCGACGACGAAGGGGAGCCCCGCGGCGGCGCGGUGCAGAAGACAGAAGACAAGCCUGCCGAUAGCAAUGAAGGCGAGCUUCCUGUUCCCCAAACAACACUGAGCCCGCAAGAACGGAUUGCUAACCUCACCUCAGAUAUUCCUAGCUUGGUCCCCGCCAGCGAACCUCCGAAGGGCUCUCAGCCCCGCCCCCAGGGACCAGCGCGCCCACCGCCGACUUCUCCAGCAACGAAAAAUCAGGAUAGAGAUCAGAUAGACCAGAAACAAUCAAAGAAUAGGUCGAAGCGAGGCCGUCCACCACGGAUUCCUCCCGAAAGCGAGCCACCCUUCGAGUCACUGCGCAACGCACCCUCUUCAGUGUACGAAGAAGCAAUAGCGACACUUCGAAACAUGUCAACCGAGGAAUCAGCACGUUUGAGGAAUGUCGUCAUAAGCCAGAUGGCUGCAGAAGGAUUCCCCAUAGUCACGGAAGGCCUCCGGUCAAAGCGGAUACAGGACCCCAGCUACCCUGUGCGCUCAAUUAUCAAUCCACCUUGGGCACCAUCUGCGCGUAAGAAAGAUGUCAUGACGGAAGAAGAGGCGGAGAACCUGCGACGCGCUAUGUUCGCCAAAAUGAGCCAGAGUACGGACCAAGACUGGGUCGCCUCCAUGGCGCAAUCCCUCGAGAAGUUGAAGAUCGAAAAAUCUCUUGCCCUUCAGGCAAGUAUUGGGAACGUGGAUGGUCCUUCACAGUCAGUCGAGAUUGUCACGCCAGAGCAAGAGGCACCUUCCGGAGAACAAGCGCCUAUCGUACAGCCUAAGAAGAGGGAGGAUACAGAGACCGUCAAGUCAUUGUUGGUGACCAACAUCGAGAGUAAACUGAAGAGUCUACCACACGCUGGUAAGUAUUGCACCCAAUGAGAUGAAACAACAAAAGGAUGUCAUCUAAUCCGAUAUGCGCAGAGCACCUCACAGAGCUUUCCAAGAUGAUUGACCAAAAAGCCUUCGACGAAGGAACCUUCAACACGAACCCGGAAAAGUUCAAAGAGACUAUCGAUGUGCUUCCGCAAGAGAAAAUUGCGGAAGCUCCUACGGUACUAGCGAACGUUCAUCCAGCGGCGGAUUCAGACAGUCACACCGAUCGUGUCGCUCGCGUCGAUAACAAGGCAAAAAAACUCA